CUCAGACUAUGUCAUGUUAUUUGAAGAUGAUUUAGUGGAACCAGUUGGAUUAUUGUAUGGACUGUAGGCUACAAUGCUGUUUUCUCAAAGAAAAAAACUGAAGGUGACGCUGCUGCAUCUCUUCGUACUCUGUGCAGCCCAGCAUUCAGCUCAGCCUGAGGCUUCCCAGGUGAAAGGCCUUGUGGGAAAGAUACACUGUUUUCCUGUGAUGGUGUUGAAGUCCGGCAAUUUACUUUAUGGAGACCGUGGCAAUAUUGUACGCGUGUACCUUGGUAAACAAACUUCUACCAACCUUGAGGAGAGAUUUAAAAACCGCCUUCACUGGAACAAUGUCACUGGAUUCUUCACUUUGACAGAUCUACAAAUAGACGAUUCUGGGGUUUAUACUGUGGAGAAUAUAGAUGAAGGGAAGACAACACAUACAUUUCUGCUGACUGUGUACUAUGUUCUGUCCAAACCUCAGGUGACGGUCCAUGAUAACAUCUCCUGUAGCGUGGUGUGUUCUGUGGAGAACGGGAGAGAGGUGACCCUGUCCUGGUAUAAAGGAGGGAAGAUACUCAACCAGACCAGCAGCACUGACCACAACAUCACCCUCUCUAUACCUCUCAAGGUGGAUGAACAGAACAGAGAUUCUUACAGAUGUGAGGCUGCCAACCCAGUCAGCAAGGAGACAGCUGUUGUUCCACAUUCCUGUAUAGAGAGUGAUCCCUUCAAGGUGACAGAUGGUGAUGAGAGGACUCAGGGUCGUCUUAUUAUUGCUGUAAUCUGCAUUUUGGUUGCCUCAGGACUUGGUCUUGCAAUAUAUCUUAAGAAGAGGAGAAACGGACACUCACAUGCAGAUUCACCUGAAAGAGAGCAAGAUGACAUUCAGUAUGCAGAGAUAACUCACAUUAAACCAGCAGAAAACCAGGAGGAGGGAACAGGUAUACAAGGAUUGGAGUCACUUAGAGACAACCCUAACCUGACAGUUUAUGAUACACUCCAGUUACAUCGCAUGGCUGCCAGCGAGAAUGUUGACACUGCAUGAAGGUGCAAAACAGGAAGGUUCUGAGAGAUUGACAUGGUAAUUCACAUCCAAGAGAAGGUGUUACAUCAUAAAGUGGACGUUGAGACAGAAUUAUAGUAAAUAUUAGAUUAGGAAACCUAAUGGAGUCACAGUUGUUAAUGGAGAAAAUUCCCAUU